AUGAGGUUUCUUGCUUUACAUCUAAUACUUACAGUUUUAAUCAUUAAUUCUGUAAGUUCUGCAGAUAUUUUGGCGAUUUUUCCGAUUGCUUCAGUUUCACAUAAUGCAGUCUAUGGAGCAUUAACAGAUGAGCUUGUUGCUCGAGGUCAUCGACUGACAAUAAUCACAACAACGCCCAAAUAUAAGAAAACUAAUCCAAAUGUUGUGGAAAUUGACUUUAGUUUCCUGCAUGAAGUUUUGGGAAAAUUGAUGGAUUUCAAUAAAUGGAAAGAAGCUCAAUUAGACGAAGUAGCAAUGCUUGGGAUGUGGACAAAUAUUCUUGAACAUUAUUACGAACAACAGUUAAAGCAUCCAACAAUCCAGGAAAUGAUUAAAAAUAAGGAUAAAUUCAAGUUUGAUGCAAUUAUUGUUGAAUUCAUGAAUCAAGUUCCAUGGCAGGCAUUUGCAUCGAUUUUUAAUGCACCAGUCAUUGGAAUCUCAUCGCUUGAUAUGAUGUCUGAGUACCACAGACUACAUGGCAAUGUCUUCAAUCCAAUUCUGCAUCCAGAAGUAAUUUUUCCAUUUUAUGAAAACUUGACUUUCCUCCAACGUGUCCGUAUUGUGCGUUAUCAUGCAUACUAUGAGCUUUACUACAAGCAUGUUUAUAAUCGAAUUUUUGAUAAGCUUAUCAAGCGUCAUUUCGGUGAGAUAAGAUUCCCAGUUGAUCAAUUGAAUGCAAUUGGUGAGGUCUUGCUGGUUAAUGUUCAUCCAGCAUUGGGACAUGUCAGGCCAGUUCUCCCAACAACUGUGCAACUUGGUUUCAUGCACAUUAAGGAACCAAAAGAGAUUAUUGAAGAGAAUAUUAAGCAGUUUUUGGAUUCAUCAACAAGACCAAUUAUCUACAUGUCACUUGGUUCCAUGGUCAAAUCAUCACAGAUUAGUGAAGCUACUUUGAAAGUGUUUAAAGAAGCUUUUGGUGAACUUCCAUAUGAUGUAAUGUGGAAAUAUGAAAAUGAGGAAAUGGAAGGCAAACCAGACAAUGUUUUCGUAUAUCCUUGGUUCCCUCAAGCUGAUCUAUUGGCACAUGAGAGAGUUAAGUUGUUCAUUACUCAAGGAGGUCAACAAUCAAUGGAAGAGUCAAUUGAUCGAGGUGUCCCACUUAUAGUCAUUCCAUUUGCUGUAGAUCAAAAUGCUAAUGCACUUCGGGUUCAAAAACUCGGCAUUGGAGUCUCCUUAGACAUUUCAACAAUCACAAAAGAGAAGCUUAAAACAGCAAUUGAAGAAGUUAUGACUGGUGACUACAAAAAUAAUGUCAAGAAGCUCCGUGAUGUCGUUAACGAUACACCAAUGAAGCCUGUUGAUAAAGCAGCAUGGUGGGUUGAAUAUGUCGUAAGACAUGGUGGAACAUUGCAUUUGGACUAUGCUGGACGUCAUGUUCCAUUUUGGAAGUAUAUGAUGCUUGACAUUAUUGGAAUUGUUGUUUUAAGUUUUCAUGUAGCUUUGAAAAUUUUAAAAUUAGCAUUAGGAUGGCUGAAAUCUAGAAAAGUUCAAAAACUUAAGGAAAAGAAAAAACUCAAAAAAGGGAAAAAUGAAUAA